AUCUCUGCAAAGGGUUUCAGUCACUUUAACCUAAGCCAUCACAUGCUCAACAAGUAGUUUCUCCGAUUGACUUUAUCCGCUACUGUUGAUCUCGAGUAUUCUGUGUUCCCCGAUGACUUCCUUUAUCUCAGACUGGAUUUGGAGUGAGAGAUUUUGGCUUCCCGAAAAUGUUACAUGGGCGGACCUGGAGCGUCCACCACCUGGUGUUGAGUAUCCCAGACUGGGAGACAUACUCUACGCCUUGCCGCUGGCAGUCGGAGUUUUUCUACUCAGACUGCUUUUCGAAAGGCUAGUGGCCAAGCCCUGUGCCCACAUACUUCAGAUUCAGGCAGGAGAGCCUCGGAAAGCUCAGCCCAAUGAUGUCCUGGAGAGGAUGUAUCAGUCCAAAACGUGUCCAGACACGAGGCAACUGGAUGGACUCUCCAAGCAACUGGACUGGGAUGUACGGAAAAUUCAGAGAUGGUUUCGUGUCCGUCGGAACCAAGACAGGCCCAGUAUGCAGAAGAAGUUCUGUGAAAGCAU